CAUCGACGUCGCAUGGGAUCUGAUCGUUGGAAGAGGUGGACAGGUUCUGCUCGCCUAGGUCAAUUAUCGCAUAUUCAAUGAAUGGCUCGUUUACCACAUGGAACUGCAUUUGACGUCGUACAAGAUGUAUGCGGCGAUUGCUUUUGAAACAACAACAAUGAGCAUCCUGGGUGUGCUUGGGAAGGAGUUGUUGACUUAUGGCAAGUCGUCGUGGAAGCGCUUCUUUCGUUGGCUGGCUAUAUUUUCCAUGUUUCUCUCGACUUUAUACGUCCUUUCGUUUCCGACAUUGAUGGCUGGUUAUAUCACAACGUAUGAACCGUAUAUCGAAGACUACGACAACAACCUCAUUGAACUGUGGAAGGUGGUGAAAGCCGAAUACAUUAUCAACGAUGCUUCGAGAAUUGGUUUCGCGAACCCUCUUGUCGUAGUCGAGGAUGACUUGGAGUUGAUGAGAGCGAUUAGGGAGUAUACCAUGCGACUAAUUGCAGAGACCAAUAGACUGGUUGACAACAACACAAAUUACGGUGACCUCACGACAUGGGAUCAUUACACUGGUACAUCUGUAUCGGAAUUCCGUUCUGAAUAGAAGUUUGAAGGCAAGGUCGUCAAACUCACCAUACCAAGCUUCUUUAUUGAACAUAAUAAGCAGUCUGCUCAGCCAUAAUGUGCCGGUCAAAGACGACUCCAAGCUCGACCAUAGUCACUACACAAUCAAGGACAGUGGCCGCCAAGGCGUGAUUUAUGAUCGCGCAUACCUCCUCGCCCGUGGUCGUGCAAGCCCAGUGAGACCUACCAAUGGGGCUUCUCCUACAUCUUCCUCUUCAUGGUGUCCAUCUUCCAGUUCGUCUGGUCUUGCACGAUGGUGGGCUUGUGGCUAGACACGCGGUACC